CCCCCCACCCCAAUUGUAUCUUUGCCACUGCCCCUUAGUCUGCCUGGUAUCCUCAUUGCAUUAUCAAGUUUGUUGCAGUUGAGAUAGAACGAGAAGAGAGCAAAGACGAUUUUUCAGUUGGGUUGUACCACGCAGUCUGGAUAUGACCUGCUGCGCAGUUUCGUCAAAUCUUUUGUUGCAUAAAAUCCAGAGCCUUGGAAAUGGGAUAUGGCGAGCAAGGACAUUAUUAAUCCGGGCAGUUCAUGCUGUAAACUGUGCAAUACUCCAAACGGAUCCUGUCAAUUUCCCAGCAUGCUGUGCAGUGACUCCAGGUUGCAAUUAGCGUUACGUACGUUGGGAUAUUUCGUGUAACCCCAGGCAUGGUCAGUGUGAAGGCCUCCUCACGCCACUUUCCCCCAGAUGGAUGACGAUGGGCUCUGAACAAUGAAGUCAUAAUCCUGCGACUUUGCUCAAAGUUCUGGGAUCGAAAGAGUAUAUGGCAAUGUGGAGAAAGAUGGCUAAAUUGUUCACCACGCCCAUCGAAUUUUGCAAGUAGAAGUAUAUGUAGAUUUAAACAAGGGAAAGGAGUUUUUUGCAGCAGUUGUUUCCUUUCUAAGAAGCAGCAAACUUGUGAGAAUUCGUGUAGAGAAAUAGGAUUCUAGGGAAAUCAUGAUCUGGAGCCAACAGGGUCAAAUUAUGCAAGAAAGGGGCUGAACCUAGAAGCUGUAGAAAUGCGUGGAAGUAUGCGAUGCUGCUGAUGCGCGAGUUGAACCAGACAAUUGGUAGUGUCUUCCUCGGAAACAUAGAAAUGAUAGUCUUAUAACUUCGGUAGAGAAGCCAUACAAUGAAGAAGAAGACGACCUGGGCGGCCACAGUGGUGAAGAAACAGCUGCAGACAUGCUGCAAACACCAGGCGUUCUCAGUGGAGACCACGGAGAGGGAUGACACUUCUCAAGGGUUUGAGUCCCCCUCGCGAGUAAUUCACAUAUCUUCUCCCAUAAAAGAGGCGGUCAAUCCUAUCCUUCUCAGACGCAAAUCAUUCAAUGUUUCGCACGCAAAAAGUCUGUUGACGACCCCUGAGCCACUAACUCCCUUUAGAAAGUCAGUUGAAUCUGCCAUUCCUCUGUGUCGAUCCUCGACUUUUAAGUCGACAAGGCUGCAGAAUGACAAAUCGUCACCGCAUCUCGUCACAGCUGCAUCGCAGGAGGCACCACUGGGAGCAUCGAAGGGCAAAGUCCGCCACAAAUCCGGACCACUUCCAGUAUUGCAACAAUUACUCAGAGGGGGUCUUCAGGGUGGUAUCAUCUCUUCGCCUUUGAACGUGAAAAAGCAGCUCUCAGGCCCGCUUCCGAGCGCUCAUCGCAAACCCUUGAGCGGGGCGCCAUCACCCAAGCAAUCCACCGGCAGACCAUCUCCGCAACGUCUUUCAAAAGUGAAAUUCUCUCCCAUACCAGGUGAAGCCAUCGGCGGUGGCAGGAUUUCUGACAUGAUAGCGGAGGAAGAAGCUUCCAAGGUGACGCAGAUUGUGGUUUUGAAGGUGAGACAGCCAAUCACUCCUGUGCUUGAUAAGAAAGGUCCUAGAAAAUCCCGAAGUUCGAAAAGUGAAUGCAAUCCUCCUGCAACAUUUCCUGAAGUGAAAUUGGCGACGAGGGUCGUAGAGAACACUCCAACCGCAGCUGUAGUCAGUGAGUUUGAACAUCCAAGAAAAGACGAUUCAAUUCAUGUUGCACAAUUCGAAAAUCUGGAUGUCAGGAAAGCCGACGCUAAGAUUAAGGGCGACACAGCAGAGUGCUUGCAGAAAAGGUUGGUUUCUGCCGCUGUGGCGAUUCAGGCAGCAUAUCGAGGCCAUCGAGCUCGGAAAAACCUCGAUGGCGAGCUGCAAAGGAGCACCAACCCUAGUGACGACACCACAGAAGAUGUUUUAGAGGAUGAGGUAGAACCGGCGCCGUCAAUCAGCACGCAGAUGUCAAGAACAGACCCUCAGAAGCAAAGAAGAAACCCACCUCCACGAGUGAACAAAAGAUGGAACGGGAGCAUUCGCUCGGCGCAAGAUCAUCAGGCCUUGCUCAGGAGCAGACAAGAAGCAGCUCUGAAGCGUGAGCGAGCGAUGGAAUAUGCCCUUUCAAGGCAACGUUGGCGAACAGGCUCAAAACCAUUAAAAGGACCAGCAGCUAAUUGGCACACAGACGAUCGACUGCCAGAUAAACCGGGAUGGGUGCGGAACUGGCUUGAUCGCGCCACGAGAAUGAGUGGCCACGAGAACAAAGUUUUCGACAACAACUUCGAGCAGAAUUGUGACCCACAGAGUGAUAGCCUUUCCAUGAAGAGCACGGUGGGAAUGUGCACCACCGACAUCGGUAGCGUGGAGCACAUAAACUUGGGCUGGCCUCUGUCCCUUCGACAACAACAUGCUGCGGGAAUGCUACAGCCAAAGGCUCCAAUUCUUGAGCCAGAAGCAUUGCGAAACGGAGCUUCACCCUCUCCAGCACCGCAGCACCCAAAAGGUGCAAAGUUUUCACUGCUGGAGGAGAAGCGUAACCACGUCGGUGAGGCUCAUGGGCACUUGAAUCAUAGGGAAGACUCGUCCACCGGCACGACUGAGAGCGAAGUCUUCACCCCCGCGAGCCAUAAAUCUCCACACAAGCUGAUCAAAUUCAGGAACGAAGCACGCAAACUUGAAUUCUUGGGUGAUGUUCACGGUGACGACACCGAUCUGGAGAGCGUGGGGAGCUGCGAAGGUGCAGUUCCGACUCUAAACAAAGUGCCAUCUCCAGGCGUUGGUACAAAUCCACGGAUGCAGCAGGGAGUGCAACCAAACAAGACCUCCAACUCAAAUUCGUUGAAAGAAGCUGCCAGACGAGAAAAGCUGCUUUCUCUUCAACUGCAGACGCAAAUUUCUGUCGUUCUCUCAGACGGUGAUUCUGCGGAUACGACCGCUGCAUCAAUGCAGCAGCCAUUUUGGCGGCCUUGAUGUACUUCUGCACAUUGUAAGUAGGCUAACCCUUUUCGCUCAGCCUUACUUCUAAUCUACGUCCCUCCCUCGAAGUGCCAAGACAUCCUUCGCUGAUACUGCUUUUCUGCGAGGCUAUAACCUUGGGGCUUCCGACAGAUUCCCUGCCAUCACUGGACUUUUUCUAUCUCCGGCAUGAAAUAUUAUCAGCAAUGAAUUCUGGUCUGCCUCUCUUUCCAGAAACCUCCGCAACCUCGGGAUUCAGCUGAGAGCAUCCAGAAAUGUUUGAUGUAACUGAUACCUUUUUUGUCGACGUAGGUGUGAUUGGGCUCCAUCCAAUCAAUUCUUAUUUGGACUAGGAGCAGACAACUCGAAACCAAUAAAUCGAUGUAAGUUGGAACGCUCGGUUCAGCCGGUACAUGACAGACAAGAGUUCGCGGAGUAAGUCAGGCUAUCCGAAACAGUCCCUUCAAGCUGGCUUGCAAUUUUAUUGAGGCGGAGUGGGGAAUCUGUAAGCAGAGAGGCUCAGGGUGGAGGACAUGAAUUGAUUCGCACACACGCGAAGAGAACCAACAAAUCAGAAAGGUGGAAGAGAAAAAGAGGGAUUACCAAAACAAAAUCAAAAAUCAAAAAAACUAUCGACUCUGUAUUCUCCCUCCUUUUCUCUGCUACGAAUAUUUUUUCACUUCGAAACUUGCAUGGAGUCGGCUGAUUUCGAACGUGAUGAGGAGCAAACUCUCUACAAAGCGGAGGACGGGGAGCGAUCCAUGUGCACGCGCAUUCGCCAUCGCAACGCAUCUCAUGGCGAUGUGUCGGUAUAACAACCCUCAUUAUCCAUUCCAGCUAUCAGACUCGAAGCCCGGCACGGGAAUUGUCUCAUCAAUUCUCUUCGCACAACACGCUCUUGCGACGCAUCCCCUGUCUUCAUCAUCGCAGCGAGUGCGUGAUUCUACAGGUGGGUCACUCGGAUUCCCCUCGGAUUUCAUCCCAACCUCUUCUGCAAGCCACGGCCACAAGUGCUGAAAUUUUCACAGCAGUUGCACCAUCGACAUAGCUUGCAGCAGAAGCGGCGUCAAUGCCAUGGAAUUGUGCAUGGCUGAAUGAAAUCUAUGUGCAUGACCCACACCUUCAAUCGCGUGGUCGCGUGUAUACUAGAAACUCGACUCUUCGGCGUUUUCGUGAACACACUGUUGGGCUGUGUCGGUGCACGUCUGUUUCAUACGGUUGACUGUCGGUAUUUGCUUUUUUCUUUUUCUUCCUUCUUCGUCUUUUAUUUUAUUUUUUUCCUUUUCGGUUUUCCAUUUGUUCUGUGCUGGAGAUAAUGAUGAUUCUCUAUCUCACACUGAGGCUUUGGAAUUCUUGUGCUAUUCAGAGUAAAAAGGCUUUCCAACUA